AAUUCAAUGGUUGUUGACGAGAAGAAGCCAGUGGUUCCACCUCACGCUAAUAGCAACGUACCAUCAGCACCUCCACAAACCAUCAAGAAUCAUCAGGACAUCGAUAGCGGUGUGUCCAGCGGUGAUUCGUUUUCCAACAAUGUUGUAAAGAAAACAUCAGCAGAUUUAAAUUGGACUUUCCCCGAACCUCCAAGUACCUUCGCUGGAGGUCCACCUGGUAAUAAUGGCGGCAGUGGCGGUAAUGGCGGUGAUUUGGAUUUUGAUGAACUCGCGAGAAGAUUUGACCAGUUGAAGAAGAAGUGA